GGCGGAAGUCAGAGCAUUCGUCCCUCGUGGCUGAUCGCAGGCAUGGCGCACUACAACUUCAAGAAAAUCACGGUGGUGCCGUCAGCCAAGGACUUUAUUGACUUAACAUUGUCGAAGACUCAACGAAAGACUCCGACAGUUAUCCAUAAACAUUAUCAAAUCCAUCGCAUUAGACAUUUUUAUAUGAGGAAAGUCAAAUUUACUCAGCAGAAUUACCAUGACAGACUCUCACAGAUUCUGACGGAUUUCCCCAAAUUGGAUGAUAUUCAUCCAUUUUAUGCUGAUUUGAUGAACAUUCUGUAUGACAAGGAUCAUUACAAGUUGGCUCUAGGACAAAUAAAUAUUGCCAAAAAUUUAGUGGACAACGUUGCUAAAGAUUAUGUGCGGCUUAUGAAAUAUGGUGAUUCUCUCUACCGCUGCAAGCAGCUGAAACGUGCGGCCCUUGGGCGAAUGUGUACUAUUAUCAAAAGACAGAAGCAGAGUUUGGAAUAUUUGGAACAAGUGCGUCAGCAUCUGUCCCGUCUGCCGACCAUUGACCCGAAUACAAGGACCCUGCUUCUGUGUGGAUACCCGAAUGUUGGCAAGUCCAGCUUCAUCAAUAAGGUGACGAGAGCAGAUGUGGACGUCCAGCCCUACGCCUUUACCACCAAGUCUCUGUUUGUUGGGCACAUGGAUUACAAGUAUCUGCGCUGGCAGGUGGUGGAUACUCCGGGGAUCCUGGACCACCCUCUGGAGGAUCGCAACACCAUUGAGAUGCAGGCCAUCACGGCACUGGCUCACCUGCGAGCCGCGGUUCUCUACGUGAUGGAUUUGUCUGAGCAGUGUGGGCACGGACUCGGGGAGCAGCUGGAGCUCUUCCAGAACAUAAGGCCACUCUUUGUCAACAAGCCUCUUAUCAUUGUAGCAAACAAAUGUGACGUGAAGAGAAUAGCUGAACUUUCUGAGGAUGAUCAGAAAAUAUUUCUAGAUCUUCAGGCUGAAGGGUUUUCUGUGGUGGAGACCAGCACCCUGACGGAGGAAGGGGUUAUUAAAGUGAAGACAGAGGCUUGUGACAGGCUUUUGGCUCAUCGAGUUGAAACCAAAAUGAAAGGAAAUAAAGUGAAUGAGGUGCUGAACAGACUGCAUUUGGCUGUUCCCAGCAGAAGAGAUGACAAGGGGCGGCCCCCAUUCAUCCCUGAAGGAGUCGUGGCACGCAGAAAGAGAAUGGAGCUCAGGGAGCCGAAGAGGAGACGGGAACGGGACAUUGAGCUGGAAAUGGGAGAUGAUUAUAUUCUGGAUCUUCAAAAGUACUGGGAUAUAAUGAAUUCAUCGGAGAAACAUGAUAAGAUACCUGAGAUCUGGGAAGGCCAUAACAUAGCCGACUAUAUUGAUCCUGACAUCAUGCAGAAAUUGGAAGAGUUAGAAAAAGAAGAAGAGCUAAGAACAGCUGCUGGAGUGUAUGACAGUGAAUCUGAAACUGAAGAUGAAGAAAUGGUGGAAAUCCAACAGCUGGCAAAACAGAUUAGGGAAAAAAAGAAGUUGAAGAUUCUGCAGUCUAGAGAGAAGGAUACACAGGGACCCAGGAUGCCUCGGACAGCCAAGAAGGUUCAGCGGAAGGUUUUGGAGGAUGAGAUGCGCAGUCUCGGUGUCGACAUGGACAACAAAGACAAUGCCCAUUAUAUGGUCCAGGCCAGAAGGUCUCGGAGCGUCACAAGGAAAAGGAAGCGGGAAGACUCUGUCCCGCCCACGUCUGUGGCCCGGAGUCGCAGUUGCUCUCGGACCCCACGUGAUGUCUCUGGUCUCCGCGACGUCAAGAUGGUGAAGAAAGCCAAGACCAUGAUGAAGAAUGCUCAGAAGAAGAUGAAUCGCUUGGGGAGGAAAGGGGAGGCAGACAGACAUGUGUUUGACAUGAAACCCAAGCACCUGCUCUCGGGAAAGAGGAAAGCUGGUAAAAAGGACAGGAGAUAGUGUCCAUCGCAGCUGAAGCACUUUGGCUCGACUUCUUCUUGGUUUGGUUUUACAGAAUUGGAGUCGUGAUCUGUAAACUGAACAUGACAAUGGAAUAACUCAAGCACUUGUUGCUUUGCUGAAAGCUGUGGUUACCCGAUAAUUGUCCAGGUGUGGGGGAUUUUUAUCGCUGCAUUAAUAUUACAGAUAUUUUGAGCAGGCAGUGGUUUCUCAUUUAUGGAGUUUUGGUGGCUUCAGACUUGCAGGGCUGGAAGGAUAUAUUUAUGUGACUACGUUGUUUCUGAUGGAGAAAAAUCUUACCCUCUUGUGCAACAGGGAACUUUGGUUUCACUGCCUGGGAAGAGUCCUUAGCUGGUGAAAGCUUACAGAUGUCAGGAUGCCAGGACUGAGUUAUCUUCUAGUCCUUUUGUACAAUGUACUGUUGUAGUCUGUCUUCAACUAUUUUAUCCAAAAUAAACUUCCAAAAGAAAGCAGUUUUACUUAGUUGGUUUUGUUUUUUUUAGUUACAGAUCACUGUCAGUUUGGGCAGAUGAAAAGGGAAAAGAAAGUAAAUGGCAAUUCUUUUUUGUUUUCAAAGCGAAAAAUACUUUUUAGUGGAACAGAAUGUUGCCUAAGUUACUACAGCAAUUAAAUGUGGGCAUCUGCUCCUUGUGUCCACUGCUGAAAAUUAAUUUAUUUUGAGUAGAAAUCAUUGUGAGGUACAUGCCCAGUAAAAUGUAGGAAAUUAACAUUUUAGAAUAUUAAGUGCUUAAAACAUCACUUCUCGACCACAAAACUGCCGUGGCCACCGCUUUGUGUGCAGUUUCAAGCAUCCCCUCUGCUAACUCACGGUAUUUCUAAGUGCACCUGUGUGGGAGUCUUCCAGUGUCAUGCAGUGUGAUUCAAGGUGUGUUUGAAAGUUGCAUUACAUUUUGGGGAUCCAAAGUAAAACUUUCAUUUGUUUAUGCUGAGAAAGAUUAUGUAAAGAGAAACCCAUUGAGUGUCAGGUGAGAGGGAGUAGGAAGCACUGGAGUCCCUCUCCUCCCAGGUUACAGUGGCUCUGGCAGAAUCUCUGCUUUAACUAUUAAAUAUUUGGGACUCCAGAGUCUUUAAAGGCUCACCUCUUCCAGGGAAAGGCUCUGCGGUAAACCAGUUUGUCAGUUUUAGCCCCUGUGGCUGGCUUAGCAACUGCCUGACCUCCCACCCCAAACCCUGUGGCAGUCACUGUACCUGCGUUUCUGGAGGUGCUUGUGGGAUUCAGAUUGGGCCCUAAGGGCCUUGUUCUCCAAAUAUUAGGAUUUUGUUUUGAUUGACAGUUGCUGCUUAUGAUGGCAGAGGUGUAAGACAGAGAUGGAUCCCCAUCAGCUGAAUUUGAAGGGUCAGUGCCUGUUUCUUUUUCCCUUGCAUUUUUCCUUUUUUACCCCUUUGGAGAGCUAGAGAUGUGAGGAUUAGGACUUAAGAAAGCACUGCUGGCUGGCUCAGGGGAAUUUAGAAAGUCAGCAUGUCUGUGUCCAGGGAAAGACACACAGUGGGAAAGGAAGUGAGAGAAGUGAAGACCUCGGGGGGUACAGAUACCCAACAACAACUAAAAAUUCACAUACAAAGAAAUAGGAAAGUGUGGUCCA